AUGUUCAGCACAGGAAGGCCCUCCGCCAAUAAACUGCAACAGUAUUAUAUCCAAAAAACUGGGAAAAGUAAUAGUGGUGGACCAACACCAAUAGAGCUUGAUUAUGCUAGCAGUUCCUCCAACAACUAUACCAAAAAUAAACAAAAACUUACUAAUGUUGAAGAUGAAACUAACCAACCAUCACAAACUAUUACCAACAAUAGCCUGGAACUAACUCAAGAAUUUGUUACUAGAAACAAACUAAUCACAAAAACUAACACCUCCCUCACAGUUGAAUUAGCAGAUGGUAGAAAAGCUACAACCAACAAAAUAGUUGAUAUCACCAAACUAGAAUUAGGCCCUUACCACACUUCCAGGAUUUUUGCGCAAAAAGAAUACCUUGAUUUUCCACAGCUAGCCAAGGUACCUGACAAUGAGGAAAUUUUCACUGAAUAUAUUACAGCAGAGUGUGAUAAAAAUACUAGCUCCAACACCUCAGAAGUCCAAAAAGUUCUCCAAGAUUUUGCUGACAUAUUUUCUAAAACACUACUAAACCAAUUACCCUCAGAACAGAAGGUUGACUAUAGUAUAGACCUUAUCUUUGGAGAGGACAUAGUUAGUGAACCUAAACAACAAGCAAGAGUCAAGCACUACGAACUAAAGGAUAAAAAAUUUUUUUUAAAAGAAGAAGUAAGGAUGGCAAUUCUCUCAAAUAAAGAGCUAAGGAUACAGUUACUCCAGGAAAAUCACAAC